ACUAUGCUUUGCGAUGGUCUGACAAGUGGAUCCAAGAUGGCGUAGAAAGUAAAGCUAGAAGUGUUGUCCCUAAGUCAUGGCGGACAGGAGAGCGGAGAAGUCAUGUGAAGAAGCCAGCAGAUCGUUAACCAGGCGGGAGUACGAGGCGGCAGUCAGCCACAGCACGGACGCCCUGGUGGUCCUUGCGCCCCAAGCCCAAUCACCCGGUGCCCCCGUCCCGCCAAGUCCUCCAUCCCUUGGCGCCACCGCCGCCGGACCCCUCCGCAGCCGUGUCCUGCUAUACAGAAUUGCUGCCUUUCUGCAGCUGAAAAACUACGAUGAAGCAGAUGAAGAUUGCAAACAUGUCCUGGCAGAGGAGAUUGCCAGGGGAGACGGGUCACUUCAGGCCAGCCUGCGCUCCAUGCUGUUGGACGGCAGCCUGCAGGAGGUGGUCAGCAUCCUCUCGAAAGCCUUGUACGGCGAGCAAAUGAAUGGUAUCGUCACAAAAGACAUGAGCAGAUUAAAAAUGCUCUUCUCAGAAAUCGAGGCUGCAAACAGGGAGAUGGCACCAGAAUACACAGAUGACCAGGAGGAGGAGGUCCAAGAUGGCUGGCAGUUCCGGCCUCCUCCUCGAGGGGUCACCAGCAGUGAGGAGUACACCCUCUGUAAAAGGUUCUUGGAGCAGGGCCUUUGUCGAUACGGCGCUCAGUGUACGUCAGCCCACUCGCAGGAGGAGCUGAUGGAGUGGCAGAAGCGCUACGCGUCGCGCCUCAUCCGCCUCAAGCAGCAGCAGGAGAGCAAACACUUCACAGAGAACUACAUGGAGACGCUAAUAGAGAAGUGGAUGAACUCCCUCUCCCCGGAGAAAGUGCUCAGUGACUAUUUAGAUGGAGUGAAUGUAGAAACCAGCUCCAGCCUCUCUGUGACCGUCGCCACCAAAAAGUCCUCUCACUCCUGGACCUUCUCUUUGUUGUGCAAGCCGGCUAGAAAGCUGUACAGAAUUGCCCUCCUCUACGACGCCCAUCGACCACACUUCUUCAUCACAGGUGUGUCAGCGGGAGAUCGGCUCCACGCCCUCCCUAAAGGCUGCCAGGAGUGGACUCCAGGAGAGGAGACGGCAGUUGCUGUAGACAAUGGCAUGGACCACUGCAUCUACAAAGUGGCGGUGGGCUUCAGCACGGAGAUCUUUGGUACCUUCAGGCAGACGGCUGUGUUCGACUUCGGCUCUGAGCCCGUGCUGAUGCAGCGGAUCAUGGUGGACGCUGCAUCUAUUGAAGACCUUGAACACCUGAUGGCGGCCCGACAGCAGCUCUUGAUGACGGCAAAGCGCUGGGACUCGUCCUGUAAGACCAUCGUAGAGUUUGUACCAAAUGAGACGAUGGCUGAUCUGGAGCGCAGCCUCCUCUCCCGCUAUCAGAUCCCUCUGUCGGCAGACCAGCUGUUCACCCAGUCGGUCCUGGACAAGACUCUUACCAAAGAAAACUACCAGGCCCGACUGCACGACCUGCUCUACAUCGAGGAGAUCGCACAGUACAAAGAAGUCAGCAAGUUUAACAUCAAAGUGAACCUGCAGCUCGUCACCAGCUUCAUGCUGACCGGCAUCUCUGUGGGUGCCAAGUAUGCCCAGAACGGUCAGCUCUUUGCACGCUUCAAACUUACUGAAACCCUUUCAGAGGUAACAGGACCCGACACGCUGGCCGGGCGGCUGGUGAUGACGAAAGUGAAUUCAGUUUUGCUGCUGCCGCUGGGUCGAGAGAGCUUCAUGAUUCAUCCGCCGCCCGGAGUCAAAGAGCGGGUGUACGAGGCCGUGAUCGAGGAGAAGACCAAGGACUACAUCUUCCUGAGGAUCUGCAAGGAGUGCUGCGAUGAGCUGGGGCUGAUACCUGACAGAGAAAUACAGGUGGAGCUCCAGUUCCAGUUGAACAGGCUGCCGCUCUGUGAGAUGCACUACGCUCUGGACCGCAUCAAAGAAAACACCAUCCUCUUCCCUGAUAUCGGCCUCGUCCCGACCAUCCCGUGGAGCCCCAACAGGCAAUGGGACGAGCAGCUGGACCCCCGUCUGAAUGCCAAGCAGAAGGAGGCCAUCCUGGCCAUCACCACACCCAUCACUAUCUCCCUGCCUCCCAUCCUCAUCAUCGGGCCCUACGGCACCGGCAAGACCUUCACCCUGGCACAGGCUGUCAAGCACAUCCUCCGCCAGGACAACAGCAGGGUCCUCAUCUGCACCCACUCCAACAGUGCAGCUGACCUUUACAUUAAGGACUACCUUCAUCCUUAUGUCGAAGCAGGCAAUCCACAUGCCAGACCUCUCAGGGUAUACUUCAGGAACCGCUGGGUUAAGACGGUUCACCCCGUGGUCCAGCAGUACUGUCUCAUCUCCAACACACACAUCACUUUCCAGAUGCCCACAAGGGAAGACAUCCUCAGGCACCGUGUGGUGGUGGUCACCCUCAGCACCUCCCAAUACCUCUGCCAGCUGGACUUGGACCCCGGGUUGUUCACUCACAUCCUGUUGGAUGAAGCGGCCCAGGCCAUGGAGUGUGAAACCAUCAUGCCUUUUGCUCUAGCAAGCAAGACCACUCGCAUCGUGUUGGCCGGAGAUCACAUGCAGCUGAGUCCGUUUGUGUACAGCGAGUUUGCGCGAGAGCGUAACCUCCAUGUGUCACUGCUGGACCGGCUGUAUGAGCACUACCCUCCUGAGUACCCCUGCCGCAUCCUCCUGUGUGAGAACUACCGCUCCCAUGAAGCUAUCAUCAACUACACAUCAGAAUUAUUUUAUGAUGGGAAGUUGAUGGCGAGUGGGAAGCAGCCCUCCCAUAAGGAUUUCUACCCCCUGACCUUCUUCACAGCCAGAGGAGAGGACGUCCAGGAGAAGAACAGCACUGCCUACUACAACAAUGCUGAGGUGUUUGAGAUCGUGGAACGGGUGGAGGAGCUGCGAAAGAAGUGGCCGGUGGCGUGGGGCAAGUUGGACGACGGCAGCAUCGGAGUGGUGUCGCCGUACGCCGACCAGGUUUUCCGCAUCCGUGCUGAACUCCGAAAGAAGAGGAUGCACGAGGUCAGCGUGGAGAGAGUGCUGAACGUCCAAGGUAAACAGUUCCGGGUCCUCUUCCUGAGCACGGUGCGGACGCGGCACACCUGCAAGCACAAACAGACGGCCAUCAAACGCAAAGAGCAGCUGGUUGAGGACUCGACCGAGGACCUGGACUACGGGUUCCUCUCCAACUACAAGCUGCUCAACACAGCCAUCACCAGAGCACAGUCGCUGGUCGCAGUUGUGGGAGACCCCAUAGCGCUGUGCUCUGUGGGGCGCUGCAGGAAAUUCUGGGAGCAUUUUGUCUCCAUCUGCCACGAGAACUCGAGCCUUCAUGGCAUCACCUUCGAGCAGAUCAAGGCUCAGCUGGAGGCUCUGGAGCUGAAGAAGACCUAUGUGCUGAACCCGCUGGCUCCAGAGUUCAUCCCCCGUGCCCUCAGGCCCAUGCAAGGGCACCACUCUUCAUCGCAGGCCCUCCAUGCUCACCACCAUCCUCAUCCUCAGCACGGACAGGCUGUCUCCAAGCAACAGCAGGGUCCGCAGCAGCAGCAGCAGCAGCAGCAGCAGGGUCCACAGCAGCAGCAGUCGCCCCCUAAAGGAAAACAUGCGAACCACUCGGAGCACCUUCCACCUGAAGGAUAUGUCCAACCAAACCCGACCAUGCUGAUGGGAAACCCGAUCAGGGCGUUCACGCCACCCUUGGGCAGCACACCAGCUGGUAUGGGCAAGUCACCGAGUCCUGUUCAGAGGAUCGAUCCUCAUACGGGCGCCAGCAUCCUGUAUGUCCCAGCUGUGUAUGGAGGAAACAUGGUGAUGUCCAUGCCUCUGCCUUUACCCUGGCCCGGUUAUCAGAACCGCUUUGCCGUUGACCCUCGCAUCAUGAGUCAUCCAGCAGCCAUGGCCUACAACUUCAACCUGCUGCAGGCCCAGAAUCGAGGCUCCCCCAUCCCCUACAGUGGGAUGGCCCACCCCUCUCCUCUAGGAAUGGGCCAGCCAAGCCCUGACAAGGAGCUGCAGGGAGACCCAAUCAGAAAUGGUAAAUUAGAAGGAUGUCCAAAGUCUGAACAGAGCCGUCUUCAGACUCCAGAGAGGAAAACCGCAGACAUGAAGGAAAAACAGGGAGAUCUGGACACCGGGCAAAGUCGCAGUCUGGACUCUGAAGGGCUCAUAGGAUUCCCUAAUACACUUCUCCAUCGGAAAGAAGCUUCAGCUGCCCAAAGAUCCCUCAACUACCACCUGGCCCCUCCGAACCCAGCUUUUCCUCCUCACCCUGCAGGUGGAAGAGUCUUCCCUCCACAGUACCCCCUCUCCAGGCUUCCUUAUCGAGUCGGCCAGCCUCAGCACCCGGGGAUGACCCAACCGAGCCAACAGCAGCAGCAGCUCAGCCCCGCGUAUGCCAGCGGCAGCCACAACGCCUCCUUCUUCAGUGGCCCCAUCCCGCCUCACAGGGCCGUGCAGUCACCCACUAUGGACGGGCCGGAGUCUGGAGGAGUGGAGGAGAUGAGUGGCUCCAUUAGGACUCCAAUGGGCCAACCAGGGGGACAUCACCCGGGCAUGUCGCAGCAUAACAGGGUCAACAGCUUCGGGGAGGAUGGGCAGGACGGGAACCUUGGAGACAGCCUCGACCUCCAGGGUCCCCUGGCUCUCGAGGCCUUAAGCCAGCAGCAGCAGCAGGCGGCCCGGCUGGGUCAGUGGGGAGAGGCAGCAGGACCUUUCCUCCAUGGCAACGUCGCCUUCCCUCUGCCACAACAGCUCGCCCAUCUCGCUCAGCCCGGCAUGACCCGCUUCCCCCACCAGCUGCUUCGAGCAGCCAGCUGGGGUCUUGGUGCCAACAUGGAGGAUGAAGGUGUCGCUUCUGCCUCCAAUGCUCCACCUUUCACCAGGUACCCAGGCCUCCUGAGAGAGAUGCCCCCACAUGAUCCGUCUGAGCCCAGAGAAGCAGCUGAGAUGCAGCCCCCUCCUCAAUCUCGUCUCCUCCAGUACCGCC